AUGCAUUUAUCUUGGCUUCGAAGACAAACCAGACCAGACGCUCUUCUGAAACCCUCAUUAGUGGUUGAAGAUACGACACUCGACGAUGAUCAGCUCGCGUCCAUGUCCACCGAAGAUCUCAUUAGAGCUAUUCUUAAUUUCGACAACGGAAUCACAAGCCUCGAGAAUAAGCUCGCGUCCAUGUCCACCGAAGAUAUCAUUAGAGAAACUCGUUUUCUCAAGGAAGAGUCACGAAGAAGAAAACUAUGUUGUCAUUCUUACGAGGAGAAGGUUAAGGAGGGUAAAGAGAUAAUUAGGGAGUAUGAUGAGAAGAUUAAGGAGAUUGAUAUGGAGUAUGAGGAGAAGAUUAAGGAGAUUGAUAUGGAGUAUGAGGAUUUGGAGUAUGAGGAGAUUGAUGAGGAGAUUGAUAUGGAGUAUGAGGUGAAGAUUAAGGAGGUUGAUAAGAAGUAUGACGAGAAGACUAACGAGAUUUAUAUGGAGUUUCAGGACAAGUUUACGGAGUAUGAGAAGAAGACUAAGGAGAUUGAAAUGGAAUUGAGGAAACUCAUCGGUGAAGAUUGA